AUGAUCGUAUACAGUCACGAUUACGAUGUUAGAAAUUUUGAUGGAUUUUUUGUUUGACAGAAGGUCGUACACUGACAAUGAGUUGCAUGUAUCUUUUGUUUUAAUGAACGUGAUAAUAAGUGUUUUGUUAUUGAUUUGGAUUUUAUUUUGUGCAUUUUCUAAUUUCGUAUCGAUGCGCAUUUUGAAAAGAAUACCCCUACCGCCAUCGGUGGCGAGUGGCGGAACUGAUAGUUCAAAAUGGACAUGUCGAUAUGUUAGCGACUGUCGGCUAAUAGGAUGUCUUUUAAAAAUAUUUUUUUAUUUUCACACAGUUAUUCACAUUUAUAUAAAAUAAUUAUUCUUAUUUCGUGAUUAUUUGAAAAGGAAUUGAAAUAGAAAGAAAAACAGUAUCGUAUUAUAUAAUCGUUGAUUGCACAUUGGUAAAUUAUCCUUUUAAUUAUAAACAGCUAUACAUUAUAUAAUAGUAUGUAAGUAUUUUUUCUAUCUUUUACCAAUUUCAAUUCAUACAUCAAGUUUCAUUUAUGUAAUGAAAUAUAAUGCUUCCUCGAGCGGUAGCCCCUGCUCGAGGGUUUCACAGGUUCGCAGCUGCGCAGGUGUAUCGCCGGCACCUUCUCAUUAACAUCUUGGCCAAAAAGCCAGUCACGCCAGUAGAAGGAUCUGGUACGGUCAAGUCAUCCUAUUGAUCUUCAUUCGCUAAUACGUUUCGAACUUACGAUAAGCUGUUUGAUAUCGGAUACCCUUUGUAAUCUGACGAACCAAGGAAGUGAUCGUUGAACAGGACGAUGCAAUGGGCGAGGGCAAAAGCGACCGUUCCAGCAAAAGGCAAAGGUCCUCCCAGAGAGCCAACAAGUCAUCCUCGGACAGUGAGCUAGCGCAGGGUAAAAACAAAGGGCGGAAAAGCAAAUCGAAGGAAAAAUGGCCCUUACUCGAAGGGCUGACGGUCGAUGAAUUGGUUCGUUAUCGAAGAAGACGCGUCGAAGGACAACCGAAAGACAACCUUGGAGUUUGUCCUGAAACGGAAGGCAAUGAUCUCGUCUCCGAAUAUGGUGAGGCGUUUCGUGCGAAAGGCGAGGAAUCUCUAAAGGAAAGUAUCUGGUUGGAAAGAAGCGAACGAUUCGAGGAUCUUCCGUUAAAGGAUUUCGAAGAAGGUGGAAACAACACGGAUGAAGAAGAUCUUGAUGAACAAGAUAUAGAAAAUAUUGAGCUUCCAAGUGAAUAUAAAGUAACAGAAACUGCUGGGGUACAGAACAACGAUAAUACAAUGGAGACUGAUAAUGCAAAUUCUAAAAUUAUAAGCCAUACCAAUCAACCGUCUUUAACUAGAAGGAGAGGUGCAUUAAAACGAAACGGAGAACCCUACCCCGAUACGGAAACGUAUUCGUCGUACGUGGCUUACGAAGGUCAGCAUAGACCCGAACUCGCCCGUAGACCUACCUCGUUAAAGAUGGAAGGUGAUAUGGACACGAUGACUGAAAAAUGUGAAAAAUUCAUCGAAUGGUUAAACGUCAGUCGACCGGAACUUUUGCGUGUACCGACGCACCUGAAACUCGAGGGUAAUUUUGAAAGCUCCACGGAAAAUCAUGAUAAGUAUGUGCCGUUUGUAGGGGUACGAAGACCGGAAUUAUUGAGACGGAAUACGAAUUUGAAAUUAGAAGGGGAAUUUAAUUUCGUAAAGGAGUAUGCUGAUGAAUUCAAGAGACACGAUAAUAAAGAACGUUUGCCACCAAAGAAAUCCGAUAAUCACUUAAAGGCUGAAAAGAAUCUUCACAAAGAGAACAAUACUGAUAAGAUGAAUAACAAUUCUCGUGGUAAAGAAGUGCAAUUAACCAUCGAGUCGAAGAAACAUAUAGUAGAAGAAGAAGAUAAAAAACAGAAAAAAGAAAUGGAGAUGAAUAUGUUGAUUUCAAAGUUAGAAGAUCUGAAGAGUGAACCGCUGGAAAUUCCAGAAUACAAGGACGCGUACAAGGAUUUCCCUAGAGAGAGACCUAAGAUCGUAAAACCUGAAGAUGAAAUAGGACGAGCAGAUGGCUCUAAAAUAUCCUCGUCUCCUACGCACAAAUUUUCGGCGAAAAUUGAUCAGGAUCCGGAAUAUAAAUCUAAAUACUUGGAUUAUCAAAGAGAUUAUCCUGUCUACCGGAAACCACCACCAUCCGUGAGAUCGACGCUGAUUCCUACGGAACAUAGCCCUCGUUUUGUUAGACAAGGAUCUAGGAGACACGAUUAUGAGCUUACCAGCGAGGUACAAUCUCAGUACGUUCCUUACGGUCGUAUACCAAGAGUUGAAACUCUAAAAAUGCCAGCCAACUUACGUCUAGAAGGGAAUAUAGACCUUGAGCCAGAAUAUAGAACAGCUUAUUGCACAAAACGUGAUUAUCAGUUAUGCACCGAACCGAGAAUGCAUCGUAGACGAGACCGUAGUUUAAGUGCUUCCAGACAUAAAGAGAAUUAUUGGAUAAAUAGUAACGUAGAACAAUUUGGUUAUAAGAAUGCAGCCCAAGAUCAAAACGCGUUUCAAAUAGUAAACACUCGAGUACACGAGGAUACCAUUUGCGAAAAACCACCGCCACCAACCAGUCGAAGAGGUUCAAGAUCUUCCCACAACCAAGUUCAAAGAACAAUGCAAUCAGGUAUGGUGGAGUGUAAUACAAAAGAUCGAUCAACCAGCCCGACUUAUCGACUUCACGUGUGUAAUGUUGACGAUGAACAGGGAGGUUUCCGACGCAGACGAUCGCCACUUCAGUCUUCCGGAAGGAUGUAUAAUCCUUCACCUAACCAUGUACUUCAAAGUGAUACUACCAGACCAUAUUCUCCUAGUUUUGGAAAAUCCGCUAAGCAACACAGUAAUGAUCAAUCAUUUGUUAUUUUGGAUAAUCGAAUUUUCGACAGGAACAAAAAUGAAAUUCGUAGAAGACGAGCAGAUAGGAAUUAUAAUAUCGAUAGUAUACUUUCUCAUUCUAAAGGGAAAACUAGGACAUCAACAAAUUGGAUGCCACCGUGGUACGAUAGUACAAAUACUAUUUAAAGCAUUAUAAACAAUCUUUGUUUGCAACAAUUAAAGAAUAAAAAAUAGCAUCGUAGCUUUCUUCUAGUAUAGAUUUUUGAGCCUCCUGUAAGUUCGACCCGAUAAUUAUGUGUAGGCACUUCAUUAAUAUUCUUAGUAAAAAAUGGCUGAAUGCCAAUUACAAUAAAACAAUAAAUAUAACUUGCAA